ACAUGAUUGAAUACUAUUCCAAGGGUACAGCUAAAAUAUAAUUUUGCGCUAUUUUGCGCUAUUUUAUCUGACGUAUUCAAGCUGGAUUACAAUUGCUUUUCUUUUUCCCACAAACCUUUCAAACCUUUGCGCGAUGCCAAAGAUCCAAAGAUCCAAAGAUCCAACACCGAAAGCCCAAUUCUCACUUUCUACCAGACAGGUAAAAGGAUACCAUAGCCGAACAGAAGCUGUUAAUAAGUUUCUACCUUCAUCUUGAGUCAAGCAAAAAGAGUUGCAAACAAUGGUGUUCUGCUGCUAUCUUCACGAUGGUGCUCUGUUUCUUCCACCGGAACCAACUCCCAAGUCUGACUUUCACAUCUUCUCCAAUGUGGACGUUUUUGAUGGCGAGAAUGAAGCCCUCAUCAAGAAUCAAGAUGUCGCCGUCCUGGGCAACAAGAUCCACAAGAUUGCCCCUACUGGAACACUAGGGGAUGUCCCAGACAAUGCCAUUAUCAUUGACGGUACUGGUCAUGUCUUGAUGCCUGGACUCAUUGACGUCCACUGGCACACUCUCAUGGCCAAUAUGAAAAUGGAGGCACUUAACUCAUCUGAGAUCUCAUACACGGCUAUUGUGGCUGCAGCUGCAAGCAAGGAAACGUUGUUGCGUGGAUUCACCACCGUCCGUGAUGCUGGUGGAAACUCCCACCCAAUCAAAAAGGCCAUUGACCAAGGAGAAAUCGAAGGCCCUCGCAUCUACCCUUCUGGAGCAUUCAUUUGCCAGACAUCUGGCCAUUUCGAUUUCCGCGACCGCAACGCGACGCCCACCGGUAUGGUGGACUCUUUGGAUUAUUUUGCUCGCAAUAAUUUCUGCCAAAUUGCAGACGGAGUUCCAGAAGUCCUCAAACGCACACGCGAACAGCUGCGUAUCGGUGCCACACAAAUCAAGAUCGCAGCUGGCGGAGGAGUAUCCUCGUCCUAUGAUCCUCUCGAUGUGACCGAAUACACAGUAGAGGAGAUCAAGGCUGCUGUGGAUUGUGCCGAGGCUUGGAACACCUAUGUCUUGGCGCACGUCUUUAACGAUAGGGGCAUCAUGAACUGCAUUGAGGGUGGUGUCAAGAGCAUUGAGCACGGAUUCUUUGCUUCCGAUGAGGUUCUCCAGGUAAUGAAGGAAAAAGGUGUCUGGCUGAGCCUCCAGCCAUUGUUUGCCGACGAGGAUGGCAUCCAGUUUCCGCCAGGUAGUAUCCAAAAGAAAAAGUAUGAAGAUGUGUGUUCUGAGGUGGCCUCCUGCUUUGCACGUGCCAAGAAGAUUGGCGUGAAGAUUGCCUUUGGUACCGAUGUCUUGUUUGACAAGGGGAUGGCCAGGAAGCAAGGCAAGAUGUUGAGCAAGUUGCAAGCUUGGUUUACUCCUUUUGAAGUCCUGAAGAUGGCCACAUCCAACAACGCCGAGCUCUGCAAGCUGUGUGGUCCUCGCGACACGUAUCCAGGUCAAUUGGGCGUUGUCAAGGAAGGUGCUUUGGCUGAUUUGAUCCUCACCAAGGGCAACCCCUUGGCGGAUAUCAACAUUGUAGCCAACGCUGACGACAACUUUAUGGUAAUCAUGAAGGAUGGCAAGAUCUGCAAGGGGGAUAUGACGUACGAGAAGAAAUAAACAAGAAUAUGAGAGCGAUAGUGGUUCUUGCAGGAGUGCAUUAGCACUAGCUCGAUUGCGUACCGGUAGCUCUACGAAGAUGGCGACAUCGCAUAAGCUGCCUUUCCCAGCCAGCUUGCAGAGCAAAGACACAACGCUCGUUUUUCACAGGCACCGGUACCUGUUUUUCUUUAGGUACAUCAUCUUUAAAACCCAUUUAGGCAAUGCUUAUUUUUCUGUG